CCAAUGUGUGUGUGUGUGCGUAUGUCUGUCUGUGUGGACGGAGAAAUAUUUAGCUAACGGUAUUUCUUUACCACCACUUAAUAUCACGCCGUAUCAAUUUUUUGUUGUCUGUGCUUAGUUUUAUAAAGAUCCUGUGGAGAUAACGUGGAUGUGAUUUAUGCUCGGCGGCAGUACCGGACUGUCAUAUCGUGAAGUUUCUGCGCGUGUUUUAAAAGCGUCGCGUGAAAAUAUAUGACGUCAGAGCGUUCUGGACUACAGUGGCGCGUGAUAAUUUCGCAGAUUGAAUUCGGUUUUCGCGCAAAAUGAUUUCGGAUGUAGAUCUUGGUGUAAAGGCAUGAAUUGUCUGCGGUGUUUUAAGGAGAUGUAAGCAAUGCUAUUUCAUCUAUCGGUCGCGAGGAACAACUGUAUAAACUUUUUCUGCUGUUGAUUGUAGAACCAGAUUUUAUUGAGACAUCAUGGAAAUCUUUUGGAUUGCUUUCUUCAUUUUUGACAUUAUUUUCAUGACGGACUGUGCUAGAGGUCCUCCACGUGUAGCGCAGAAGGUAGUGCACCGGCAAAGCGUGAGAAUCGGACGCACCAUGAAACUUCAGUGUCCUGUGGAGGGGGAUCCACCUCCCCUCAUCAUGUGGACCAAAGACGGCCGAAACAUCCACAGCGGCUGGAUGCGCUUCAGGGUCCUUCAACAAGCCCUCCGGAUCAAAGAGGUGGAGGCAGAAGAUGCUGGAACUUUUAUUUGUAAAGCCACUAAUGGCUUUGGCAGCGUCAACAUCAACUACACCCUCAUUGUCAUUGAUGACUCCAGCGCAGGGAGAGAAGGGGCCAGACCAGCUGGUGAAAGCGAGCACUCCACUGACCUGUCGGGAAAAUUGGUGCGACCCCGCUUCACACAGCCGGCCAAAAUGAGAAAGCGCGUGAUCGCACGGCCGGUGGGAAGCUCGGUCCGGCUGAAGUGCACCGCAAGUGGCAACCCCAGACCGGACAUCAUCUGGCUGAAGGACAGCAGACCCCUGACGCCCGAAGAGGUGGGAGAGGGCCGAAAGAAAAAGUGGACCCUCAGCCUGAAAAACCUCACGCCGGAGCACAGCGGCAAAUACACCUGCCAUGUGUCCAACCGCGCUGGAGAGAUCAACGCCACCUAUAAAGUGGAAGUCAUCCAGCGCACAAAUUCCAAGCCAAUCCUGACUGGCACUCAUCCAGUAAACACUACUGUAGACUACGGUGGCACGACGUCAUUUCAGUGCAAAGUGCGCAGCGACGUCAAGCCAGUGAUCCAGUGGUUAAAAAGGGUUGAACCUGGCGACGAGAGCAAAUACAACUCUACCAUUGAGGUUGGCGACCAUCGCUUUGCGGUGUUGCCCGCGGGUGAAGUGUGGUCACGACCAGACGGUUCUUAUUUAAACAAGCUACUUAUCACCCGGGCUAAGGAAGAAGAUGCUGGCAUGUAUAUUUGCCUUGGGGCCAACACCAUGGGUUACAGCUUCCGCAGUGCCUUCCUUACUGUUCUGCCUGAUCCAAAGCCGCCGUUCUCUCCCAUCCCAUCUGUGCUGCCUCCCAGUCUGCCAUGGCCCGUCAUCAUCGGUAUCCCCGCCGGAGUGGUCUUCAUUUUGGGAACCGUCCUGCUUUGGUUCUGCCAGUCUAGGAAGCAUUGCUCUUCAGGAGCCAUAAUCUCAGCCCAAACCUUACCCAACGGUCACCGGCAGCCGCCAAGGGACCGAACCCUUGCGCCUGCCGACAAAGACUGCAUUGGCUCCGUCACCUACGAGGAGUACGUAGCCCAGCAACAGCAACAACAGCUUCUGUUGGCCCAAGCUGCUCCCAAAGUCUACCCAAAGAUCUAUUCAGACAUUCACACACACACCCACUCGCACGUAGACGGGAAAAUUCACCAGCACCAACACAUCCACUACCAAUGUUAGCCCUCAUGCUUGUGUACGGUACAAGAGCCUUGCUUGUUGGAGUCCUUACACAAACAAGAAACCGGUUCUGGUUCCUUUACAGAUCUCUUCACAGUUUUUGGACCCAGUGUGGCAGCUCGUUGGCCAAUGUGGGCUAGGGCUGCCUGAAACGAACAAGACAAUUGAGCCAUGUUGUUUCAGUCGAACCAAUCCCUUGUUCUGAAUAGGAGCAAAGAGACAUUGUGAACCUAUGGGUGGAAAAGGGCAAGGCGAACAAACGAUGAUAUGAGUCUUUUGUAAAAGCAUUUCUAAAAAAACAACACUGCCAGCAAAGCAAACACUUUUGCGAAAUCUGUAUGGGACAUUGUUCACAUACAAAAGUUACUGAUUUGAGUGAAUGUAUUGUCUCCUCAACAUGUUUCACUUUUAUUUACAUGUCUACACCGUUUUUGUAAUAAGCCCUUUAACAGAUUUUGUGAACGGGGCCAAAGGACUGCUUGGAUUAGCACCAGACCUCAGUGAAACUUAGUUUUGCAUGCAAAAAUCAUUUGCAAGUUACAAUUAAUACAGGUACAUCAGUUCUGAAUCGGUUCUUUGAUACAACUUAAUGCAUGAGGGCAUAUGUUUAUGUUGUUUUGCAUAGUUUGCAGGUAUGGUUUGCCUUAAUGAGUUUCUUUUAAAUAAGACAUGAUUUAGGUUCAGUCAAUCGAAGAUCCUGUUUUCUGCCUGAUUGUAGCUUUAUUCCACUUUAUGGAAAAGGAGAUUAUUCUUGACCUACGGUUAUUUAGUAACUAAAUAUAAGUCGAAGAGAUUCGACAUUGUAAGUUCUGGCAACGGGUUCCAUGUGUUUCUCAUUAACUUUCAGGGCGUUCUCUGAAUGACCUGAGGUACUGCAGUCCCAUAGUUCCUCUAUGGCCUUUUCUUUGUGUUGUAUUUUCAUAAGCUUGACCACUAUUAUGAAGACUGUGUAGAUGCCUUUGACUGCUCGUAUAUUGGCUCCCCUUUAACCUUUACAGAAUAGAGCUGAGUCACAGUUUCAAAAACAAACGUUAUCCUGAAACUCUGAUGUAUUGUGCAUUGUCUGUGCAUGUGAAGUCUGUGUUUACCGUGAUGUUCACGGUAAUGGGUCAAUGCUGAAAGCACUGCGGCGAGACAGGAAUGCACUUAGCCCAAAUGUCUGCUUGCUACUUCAGCAUCGAGAUGUUUUUACAUUCAUUGUCCCACGUAACUCGAUAAAAGAAACCUAGUCGAACGUUAGUUAAUUUAUUUGCAAGCAAUGUUUUUGAUUCUUCGAAUUGGUUAUUAUCUAGAUGUUUUAAACCAAAUAAGAGUAUACAUAGCAUUGUCUUCCUCUUAGCUCCAGUGUAAGCUAUGUAGCAUAUAUCAAGUGUUUAAUAUUUAUAUGUGAUGUUGAGAAAAAUAACACUAUGGUCGUAAUUAGUUAUCUUUGUAUGGACAAUCUUGUACAGUCUGGCCUGUUUUUAUGUUAAAAAUAUAUGUUUGUCACACAUUAAAGUCAUUUUAUCAUUA